AUGUUCACCUUAGUAAAUUUACCCGUGUGUGGGAAAUGUUGUGUAAGUAAAUCACAUCUUGUUAUACAUCACAGAAGUCACACAGGUGAGAAGCCAUUUCCAUGUUCUGAGUGUGGGAAAUGUUUUGUAAGUAAAUCACAACUUGUUACACAUCUGCGCAGUCACACAGGUGAGAAGCCAUUUUCUUGCUCUGAGUGUAGGAAAUGUUUUACAUACAAAUCACAUCUUGUUACACAUCAGAGAAGUCACACAGGUGAGAAGGCAUUUCCAUGUUCUGAGUGUGGGAAAUGUUUUACACACAAAUCAGUUCUUGUUAGACAUCAGAGAAGUCACACAGGUGAGAAGCCAUUUCCAUGUUCUGAGUGUGGGAAAUGUUUUACACACAAAUCAGUUCUUGUUAGACAUCAGAGAAGUCACACAGGUGAGAAGCCAUUUCCAUGCUCUGAGAAAUAAAUCAUCAGAAUCAGCUUUAUUGGCCAGGUAUACUCGCGUACACUAGGAAUUGUGUGUGGUACAAUGCAUCGCCAAGCAGCAACAUGAAAGGGGAAUACAUGGCAUAAGAAGGGGGAAAACAUAGCAUACAUUACACAUAUGCGUUCAUACUGCACAUUGCCACUGUACAAUAGACUCAACAUAUUAUACAUGUAAGACUAAAGACGAAGGCUGCAUGGCAGAGCAGCACCGAGGCAGCCAUCCGCAGCGCCAACUAGAACUCAAACAAUGCACAUAAUACAGAAGAUUUAAGUAUUACACAUCAAACGAUAAACUACACAGACAAAAAUAAAAGAUACAGAAAGAAUAAUGCAGGAUUGGUGUAGGCAUUUUGGGUAAUAACUUCCAUGGGUUGUGUAUUCCACCCUCACAGGGUACCAGGUGCGGCAGCCAUCUUUGGCGUACUGUGUAGGAUUACCCUGGGUGAAGUCCAUCCUCGAGGGGUAGGCCUGUAAGGUACUACUGAUGUUCUCUGCCAGAGGGUUAGUGGGCAUAGUCCUGGUGAUUUAAUUUCCGAGGUUUAAUGAGUCCACAUAAUGGUCUGGAUUUCUUUCUUGAUGUUGUUCAAUGUUUGUUCAACUGUUUUUUUUAACUGUUAAUUUUCAAACGCUUUGAGUAUUGGAACGCACAGCUGUGCAUGGCUGAAGCUAUAGAUAUAUACACACAAUAGACAUCACUCAGAUUGCACACAAUAGACAUCAUUCAGGUGAGGAACCAUUUUAAUCUUCUGGAGUAUACUCAUCAAUGCCAUGCAUUGUUCUUCAAGGUUCUUAUCCUAUCUCAAUGCUUUUUGCAAUACACAUGUUACCACUGGGUGAAAUAAUCAGAUGUCAUACCCUCAUCUACCACUGCUAUACAGAUGACCUGUCUUUGCUCUAGGUACUGAGAACCCAGUACCAAUCCUAAAUGGUUGUCUAGCUGAGCUCCAGGUGUGGGUGAUGCCAGUUUGCUGUGAUUCAGUCCUGGUGAAACAGGUCUUCAAGCUCACCAACAAAGAGCAGGGCUACAGCUUAGCUUUACCUACCAACCAGACUUACGCUUGGGGGUUCAGAGUUACAAAAUGCUGAUCAUGUGCGGAAUCUUGGUGUCCUGGAUGGUGGAGUGACACUUAGACAUCAGGUAUCUGCCACAAUCAGAUCCUCAUCUGAGGAACAUAGCCAGACUCCAGCACUUUAUUCCCUCAGAAGAUCUACCUACAGUCAUACAUGUACUUGUAUCAUCACACAUAGACUACUGCAAUGUCCUCUACCUGGGUCUCCCAGCAAUAGAAUUGCACCGGUUGUAGCUUGUACAGAAUGCAGCAGCCAGGCUGUUACCUAACCAGCCCGUUCCUGCCACAUAACACCCAUUCUCUGCUCCCUUCACCGGCUGCCUGUAAUAUGGUGACUCUAUUACAUAAUCUUACUGGCUAUCCC